CCAGAUUGUUCGAUAUAAAAAAAACGCGAUUAAAUCUUUUAGUAGAUUUACAAGUUCCACAACUUCACUUAGAAUUUUCUAUCAUUUCACUUCUUUUUUGAAGUAAACAACCACUAGAACAAAAUGACGGAGGGAAAGGAGCAUUUGUCUAUCGUGAUCUGCGGUCACGUCGAUUCCGGUAAAUCGACCACCACCGGUCACCUGCUCUUCGAGUUGGGUAAGACGAUUCUUUUCUAAAACGUUUCUGUUUGUUUUAGAGAGCAGAAUGCCCUUGUAGUUUUCAUUAAAUUAUGGCAAGUCUUCGGAUUCUGAACUUUUGCAGCUUUUCUUGACGGAGGGCCGAGAGGUGGUUUAGAAAGGACACAGUAAUUUAAAAAUCUCGAAAAUCGUUUACUCAUAUACUUUCAGGUGGUAUCCCGGAGCGUGAGUUGGAGAAGCUGAAGGCUGAGGCUGACCGUCUGGGUAAGUCUUCCUUCGCUUUCGCGUUUUACAUGGACCGCCAGAAGGAGGAGCGUGAGCGUGGUGUGACCAUUUCCGUCACCACUAAGGAAUUCUUCACGGAGAAGUGGCACUACACCAUCAUCGAUGCCCCGGGUCACCGCGAUUUCAUUAAGAACAUGAUCACCGGUGCUUCGCAGGCCGAUGUCGCCCUUAUCAUGGUCCCGGCUGAUGGUACUAUUCAUCAACUACAUUUCGUCUUUAUUUGUCGCUGCUAUACUCGACAAACAGUUCUGCAAUCUACAAAAUAUGGUGAAUUCGAACCAAAACAAUCGAUGUCUCUGGUGUAAGCUGGAGCACUACGCUUAUCUUGAUCUGCUCAAUGAGAUUGCAGUCACUUACAGUUUUUCUUUUGGAUUUGAGAAAUACUGGAAAUUUGAAAACAGUUUUUUGCCAUCGAUCCGACCACAGGUAACUUCACCACUGCCAUCCAGCGUGGAAACCACAAGGCUGGUGAGAUCCAGGGUCAGACCCGUCAGCACUCCCGUCUGAUCAACUUGUUGGGCGUGAAGCAGAUCAUCAUUGGUAUCAACAAGAUGGAUUGCGACACCGCUGGUUACAAGCAGACCCGUUAUGACGAGAUCGCCAACGAGAUGCGCAACAUGCUUGCCAAGGUCGGCUGGAAGAAGGACUUCCUGGAGAACCAGGUGCCGUACAUGCCGAUCUCCGGUUGGUGCGGUGACAACUUGGUGAAGAAGACUACCAACAUGUCCUGGUGGAAGGGCGCUGAUGUCAAGGUCGGCUCUGAGACCGUCCACGUCGACACCCUGUACGACUGCCUGAACAACAUGUGCCGCGUUCCGGAGCGCCCGAUCGACGCCCCGAUGCGCCUCCCGAUCUCCGGUAUCUACAAGAUCAAGGGUGUCGGUGAUGUGCUUGCCGGCCGUGUCGAACAGGGUAUCGUCAAGCCCAACGAGGAAGUCAUCUUUUUGCCGACCCACACCGCCGCCAACGCCUGCGCCGGAAAGGUGUUCCAGAUCGAGAUGCACCACAAGUCGGUGCCGGAGGCCAAGCCAGGUGACAACGUCGGUAUGAACGUGAAGAACUUGGAUAAGCAGAACAUGCCGCGUUCCGGUGACGUCAUGAUCUACAAGAAGGACACCACCCUCUCCGCCGUUAAGGCCUUCGAUGCUCAGAUUCAGGUCCUCGAUAUCCCGAACGAGAUCAAGAUCGGCUACUCCCCGAUCGGUUUCGUGCGCUGCGGACGCGCUGCCUGCCGUAUCUCUGCUCUGAAGUGGAAGAUGGGUAAGGAGACUGGUGGUAAGAAGAUGGAGGAGCCGCACUCCUUGAAGUCCAACGAGAUGGCCCAGGUGACCUUCGAGCCGCAACAGCCGCUCGUCGCUGACUCCUUCAAGAACUGCGAGGGUCUCUCCCGUGUCGCGUUCAUGGACGGAAACGGUGUGGUCAUGUUGGGAAAGGUGGUCUCUGUCGAGGCCAAGGUCUUCGAGGCCAAGAAGAAGUAAACACAUCAUCAUUCCAUGAAGAUGGAGCACGGAAGUGCGUGACGAAUCAAACAACUCUAACGUGUACCUACAACUCUUAUGAGCUAGGUCACGUACAAAUACAAGAUCUACUUGUGUACUAAAAAACAUCAUACUAAUAUCUCAUCAUCAUAAGACGAAGAUGGAAAACACAAUACUCUACACAAAUUGAUGGAGAUGAAUCUUCAUUAACUGACGACAUAGGAAGGUCGCAAACUUUCAUCUAAGCACGCACUAUCAUAGGAGUACAAGAGCGUGAAAGUAGAAUCUAUCAUGUAGGAGAUGUCAACUAAUCAUGUUAGAAUUCAUAAUUUUCCGUUUUUCAUCAACAUUUAGAUUUGCAAGUCAUGAUCAUCAACAAGGUGUUAUCGCCCUGCUACUACACUUUCGUGACUUGCCUCUCGCGUUGUUGUAAUGCAGACGUUAGAGAUGUUGAUGAAAUAAUCUGAUGUAAGGAGAUUAUCCUUAUCUACUAUAACUGAAGAUCUUAACAUAUCAGAAACGAAUGCUUAUCCACUUCUCAUGAUGCAGGAGAUGAAUAUGUUGCAUUUUACCAUACGCUGCUCGUACGGGAGGUUCCGCCAUAUUCGUGACCUUCACGACGAAUCCAGGUGCUACGUAUCAAUGGCACUCACAGACUUUACACUGCGCCUUCAAAACAACAUACUUCUCUAAAUAUCAUUGUGAUGUUAGAAUUUGUAUUCGGCUGCAUUGAAAGCUACUCGUAAAACACGCAACUCGACGACGUAAAACUUACAAACUCGGUUUCUCUGGAGCGAGGCGCUUUUCUGUACUACGCACGUGGCCACCGG